CUCGUGCACCCCCGGCAUCGGCAUCGGCUUCGCGGGGAGGAGCGGGGCGGGCUGCGGGGCGGGCCGGGCCAGCCCCGCCGCCUCCUGAUUGCCUCCCAACUUUCCGCUCCUCCCUGCACAAACUUUCCCUUCCCGGCCGCUGGCUCCAGCUCCGCUCCCCGCGCCCGUCCCGGCCCCGCGCCCUCCGGAGCACGGAGCAGGUUGACAAGUUCCCAUUUGGGGCUCAGGGUCGGAGCCCAGAGCAGCCAUCACAAUAGCGUCCAACAGCUGGAACGCCAGCGGCAGCCCCGGGGAGGGGCGGGAAGAUGGACAGGAGGGAAUGGACAAGAGCCUGGACAAUGAUGCCGAGGGGGUGUGGAGUCCGGAUAUCGAGCAGAGCUUCCAGGAGGCGCUGGCGAUCUACCCGCCCUGCGGCCGGCGGAAAAUCAUCCUCUCGGACGAGGGCAAGAUGUACGGUCGUAAUGAAUUGAUAGCAAGAUACAUCAAGUUGCGGACAGGGAAAACACGGACGAGAAAACAGGUGUCCAGCCAUAUACAGGUUCUAGCUCGGAAGAAGGUGCGGGAGUACCAGGUUGGCAUCAAGGUCUCUAGCCACUUGCAGGUUCUAGCCAGACGGAAAUCUCGCGAGAUUCAGUCCAAGCUGAAGGCCAUGAACUUGGAUCAGGUCUCAAAGGACAAAGCCUUGCAGAGUAUGGCCUCCAUGUCAUCUGCACAGAUCGUAUCAGCCAGCGUCCUGCAGAACAAACUCAGUCCCCCUCCUCCUCUUCCUCAGGCUGUCUUCUCUGCUGCCCCCAGGUUUUGGAGUGGGCCUAUCCCAGGACAGCCUGGACCCUCUCAGGACAUUAAACCGUUUGCACAACCAGCCUACCCCAUCCAGUCACCCAUGCCUCCAUCACUAGCCAGUUACGAGCCCCUGGCUCCUCUCCCGCCAACUGCCUCGGCCGUGCCAGUCUGGCAGGACCGCACCAUUGCCUCGGCUAAGCUGCGGCUUCUUGAGUACUCCGCGUUCAUGGAGGUGCCACGAGACGCUGAAACGUACAGCAAACACCUCUUUGUGCACAUCGGGCAGACAAACCCCUCGUACAGUGAUCCCCUGCUGGAGGCUGUGGACAUCCGCCAGAUCUAUGACAAGUUCCCUGAGAAGAAAGGAGGCCUCAAGGAGCUCUACGAGAGGGGACCCCAGAACUCCUUCUUCCUCGUCAAGUUCUGGGCUGAUCUGAACAGCACUAUCCAAGAUGGCCCUGGGACUUUCUAUGGCGUGAGCAGCCAGUACAGCAGUGCAGAGAACAUGACCAUCACUGUCUCCACCAAAGUGUGCUCCUUCGGGAAGCAAGUUGUUGAGAAGGUGGAGACAGAGUACGCGCGGCUGGAGAACGGCCGGUUUGUAUAUCGAAUCCAUCGUUCGCCCAUGUGUGAAUACAUGAUCAACUUUAUCCACAAACUCAAGCACCUCCCGGAGAAGUACAUGAUGAACAGCGUCCUGGAGAAUUUCACCAUCCUGCAGGUUGUUACGAACAGGGAUACCCAGGAGACCUUGCUCUGCAUAGCCUUUGUGUUUGAGGUAUCCACCAGUGAACACGGCGCCCAGCACCACGUAUACAAGUUGGUCAAGGACUAGAGGCCUCUGGGGCGGGCGGGGGCAUUGAGGGGAGGCGAGAGUGGGGUGAAAAGGGUCUUGUGCAGAGAAGCCGCCCGUGCAGGAUGCCUCGAGAGAAGUCAUUUGAAAACGAAACAAAAAAAAAAAAGCCAAAAAGACUGACUUGCAAUCACAGAUGUUUUCUACUUAGGAACAAUUUUUUUUUAAAGAAAAAAGAAGAAUAAAAAGAAACCAUAACAUGAAACGAGGGCCUUGUCCAAAGCAGGAAGGGGACAGGGUUGGCCACUGAUUGGCGCAUCGGCCCCUGUCACUGGCAAGGCCUGAAUUUCUUCUGUGCCUGUCCCAGGCUGAAGCACUAGAGCAGCACAUUGUCAAAUGACCGACAACCCCUCCCUACCACUCUGCUGCGCCCUUUUCUUCCAUGCUCAGACACAGGUAAUCCUGCACCUGGCCUGGCUUGGCCUGGCCCAGUUGGCUCAGAUGAGGUGGAAAGUAGCAGGUGCUGCUGAGACGGCACCUGAGAGUGCAUUUGGGAAAGUGAAUGCUUUGUCAUCUAUCCAGUGAUAUAUGCAGCCUGCUUGGGAACUGGCAGAGGACAGGGGAGGUGGUUUUGCCCAGCACUUUGCAGCAGGCUGUGUGCACAGCUGGGACAGCCCCUGGAGGCUCAAGUCAGGUCUCCAUGGGUCACAUUCCUCUCAGCUAGUUACAAGAAGGAAUCAGGACUGUGCAAGUGGAAAGGGUUACUGUGGCGGUGCCCCCAGCUCUGUGUUUGGCAUUGAAGCAUCCUUGGAGCAAUGGUUGCAAUGGCAAUUGCAUGAGGAUAUGGGUUUCAUGGCAGUUUCCCAGAUACUAGGGUUGUAACAGGAGCAGGGGUAGGCAUUGAGCCACCAGAGAAGAGGAUCCCAGCUGCAUGGCCAUGUGUGUGAGGCCAGAGCAGGUAGCAGAAAGUGCUCAGUUGGAAGAAGGGGAUCUCUGAGUCUGUGGGGAGAACAGUCUGAAGACUGCACUUGGGCAGAUCCAGGAGGCUGUGUAUUAAUGAGGCUGCUUAGGAAACUCUCUGGGCUGGGAAAGGAUGGAGGAACCAGGAAAUUCUCAAAUAUCCCCAGGACUUGGAAACCAAAGCAAGUGCUUUGGUAUCUGACUUUUCAGGUGAGAAGCUCAGAACGAAGUGAUCUCUGUCUGAAGGCCAGUUCAGCAGGGGUAUUCAUUUUCCCUACCCUCUGCUUUCCUGAUCAUUCCCUGUUGGCAGAGUCUGGAAAAAUAGACUAUGGCAUAUACAUCCGCCAUGGCAGGAACCACAUCACGCAACCUCACCUGAUCCCUGCUGGCCAGAUCCACACAGGAUGUAAAGCAUGCAAUGCCACUGGUGUCUGCGGAGUCGCAGUGCCACGUGCCAAAUGAAAUGUGGUCCUGGGUCUGUGUCAAAUUGAAAGGGGGUGAUAUGGCUUGUGUAGGACUUGAGGGGCAUUGUUGGGUGAUGUAUGCCCAAAAUUUAGGAUCCAUAUUUUAAAGGGUCACUGGGGAGAGAUGAAGAAAAUGCUUCCCCCCCCCCCCCCCAUUUUUAAAUUAAAUUUUCAAAUGAACUUGAAAUGUUUUUUUUGAGCAAGCGAACACAUAUUUAAUGGGGGUUGAACCUGCAGUGUUUACAAGCCACACUUGUGCCAGUGACCAGAACCAAAGUGAAGCUGAUUUGUACAGUCGUUUCCAAGGGAAAGAGAUGCAGAACCAAAUGAAACCAGCAACUAAAAGAUGCGGGUUGGAUUUGGGUGCAUCAAGCCCAUUUGGUUUGAUAAUUCUGGGAAGAUUUUACUCACAAAACAAAAUGAAACAAAAAACCCCCCAAAAAUGAUGGGCCCCAGUGCUUAUGCUUCUACACAGCACCUAACGCAACAGGACCCUGCUCUCAGCUGAGGUUUCUAAGAGCAACUGUAAUGCAAAUAAUUUUUAAAAGUGCUGCCCACUGAAGUCACUGGGAGUUUGAGCCAUCUACACCUUCUAGAGUGAAGCCGGUGGCAUUUGACUCGAGUGCCUCUAAGUACUCAUUUGUAAUUUAAGAAUAAUGGAUAAGGAAACAGUAAUAACAUUGGGUUUUCCAGCCCUAAUUUGAAUUUGUAAAAUUUCCAUUUCUUUGUCUUUGGCUCUUUCUGGUGGACCUUCUUGGUUUCAACUUUUCCCCUCAACCGCCCAUCCUUCUUGCAGCCCUGUGCCCUUCCCAGCACGCCUCUCGCACUGCGCUGCCUCUCCUGUGCCCUGUAAAAUCCCAGCCGUGGGAGCUGCUUUUCCAUUGAGCUCUGAGCGUGUCAGGAUUUAGGGCAGCCCAGGAUUUCCUAUAGCAACUGUGUUACAAGUGGGGGAAGGAAUCUGGGGCUGUGCGGUAGGGAGUUAGGAGUCAGCAGAAGAACGGUAAAACCCCUUUCCUCUGCCACUCGGGCAGGUGGGUGAGCAAGGUUGGAAAUAAGCCCAAGGAAGAGGUUUUGAGAAGAGUGAGGGCUGCCAGGCAGAGAAUGAAUGAACAGGUCCAGGCCUGCUAACACAUCCUCCUGCCCGGCUGGAUUAAUGUGGAGGCUUAAUCAUAGCUAAACUGUGCCAAGGCAGGACCUAGUGCUAGAAAAACAUGCCCCCUAGAAAGGGGCCGGAUGAGAAAGUAAGAGAAGGAGGGUAGGGAUGGCGAGGUGUUGGCUGGAGGAGACUAGCCUUGUUGGAUGGAUGGCGACUGUACAGAGCUCAAGGGUUUGGUACAUGUGUAGGUGAACUAGGUGCAAUGAAAGGAGAGCCUAAGGGAAGACUGGCCUUUGGAGGAUCCUCUCCAACCCCAUUGUUCUUCUUCCGUCUUCCCCGUCUUUCUCUCUCUCUUUGGGAGGGGGCCUUUUCCGGGUGAAUGAGAGGAGAGGAGAGCCCAACUGCAGUGUGUUGCUUCAUAAAAGGAUGGGUUAAGGUCCUGUUGUUUUCACCACCUCCGUCUUGGGAGGAGGGUGCCAGUGGUGAUGGGGUGUGGACACAGAAGGGGGAUGCCAUGGAGACCUGCCAUUUCAUUGCUUCCUAGCCUGUUCUUCUAUGCAUUCUUCUGAAUGGACUUGGCCUCACAUCCAUGAGGCUGAACCUUUUGGUUUUGACCUGGUUCUUCUUUUGGGUUCUCUUUUGCUUGCCGUAGUGACUGGUUAGCAUUUUCUUCCGACUGGCUGGACGCCCGGACAUUGUCUGGGUGGCAACAUGCACAGGCUGUAGACAGCUCGGUGUGAAGGCAGCCGAGCUGCUAUGGACAAGAGUGUGUCCCCCUGUCAGCUUCUGAGUCAUGCGGUGUUCCCCUGUGCUGUUUCAUGUGAAUCCAACAUGGGGCGAAACAGGCAGGAGGGAAUCCUGGAGAAGCCAGCAGGUCUUCCAGCCCUGAAGGAGCCUUUAUAUUGGUCCAAGUUUUUUUUCUUGUACAACGUAUUUAACUAUUCUGAUAACGCUGCAAGCGAUCUCAGCCAUGAACUUCCGGGAAACCCCUCCCCAGGAAGUUUAGACGGACGCUCCCAUGCAUGUGCGAGCCCGAGGAGACGAAGGUAACGUUGACGGGAUGGUACGUCACAACCAAAUCAAUAAAGCAGCGAGGCCCGAUAGCUCAGGAAACGUACCCUACUGCGAAGCACACGUGGCAGCCCUGGGGAGUGAACGGUGGGUGCUGAGCUUCCGAGACCCGACGAUACGUGGAAUUCAGAGCAGUCCUGAAAGGCACACGGAGACUCCCGGGACUUCAGCUCUAAUCUUGGGAUGAACCCCUCCAUCCUCAAAUUAUUCUGAGCCUCAAUUGCCAGCUAGCAAACCUCCCAGGCUCCCUGUCUGUGCUACCUGGGGUGGCAACAGCGAUGUUGGGAAAAGUACUUCUCCCCCGGCGUGGCACGUGGUUCUGUCCUAGGCUCUUAAGACAACUCAGUCAUUUGUGGCUGGUUCUCUAAGGCUGGGUAAGCUGCCAUCUGAACGAGUGAGAUCCAUUAAAGCCCGCUCUCUAGCUGUAGGGCGAACGUCCUUACAAACCAGCUCUGAGCCGCUCAGGCGGUGACAGAGAGAGGCGGCAGAGGGGAGAUGCGGUCCGGUGGUGGGGAGGGGGAAUUUUUGAAACCCCAGGUAGCAUCUCUUGCAGUGCCUGUACCCCAGCGGCGGGGAAACCUGGCUGGAUUAUUUUAUAUGUAGCAUGUUUUGUUUGUUUCUUCGUUUUGUUUCACUCACCGAUCAAAAACUCUGGGAACCUCCCUCCUUUUCCAAGUAUUCCCCUCAGCACACAGACACACCGGAUCUCCCUUCUCCUUCCCUUCCUAAACCUGCCUUCGAGAGAAGGGGGUGCUGUCUACACUCCUGGGGCAGGCUCCAGUCCAUUCGCUGAGGGGAAGAGUUUGCUCCACCGGCCGAGGAUGGAUUUAUAAACCCCGCAAACCCGGCUCUCCUUGUAUUCUUGGCCCGAGCCCUGCGUGAACUGGACUGUUUCAUGUUUCUUAGCCUUUCCUCAGCUGUACCCUCCGGCCUCCCCUCCCUUGCAAUCUCCAUGCAUCUAGCAUCAGAUGCCCUGCUUCAUUCUGUGGUUGCAAAGCUUCCCACACACCCUCUGACCUCUGGUUUGCGGACACAAAUACACACGCGCGCUGCCCGUUAGCACCGCCACCGCUGCUGACCCCGUAGGACAGCAGUGAGGAGGCCAAGUGCUUGCAUCUCUCUUAACGGGACUUAAAAACAGGUACCUAGAGACAGACUCUUGUCAGUAAGUAACCCCCAGCCCUCCCCUCUGCCCCAGUGUAUUUAUGAAUUUCACAUGAAGUACUGUUUUAUUUUUUUAAAGACUUUGUAAAGCUUACCAGGGUUACGGUCACCAUUUGUAGAGCUGUGUCAGUCCACAAUGUAAAACCAUUUUUUUUUUAUGUAUUAUAUUUUUUGUGUAUUUUUUUAAUCCAGCUGUGAUGGGUUGUAUCAUAUAUUUGUUGUGUUUACUGUUUCUGUCCAACUUCAAAGAGAGGAGACAAUGGAGCUCCUAGAAGCUGCAGUCUGCUGAAAACCAUUAAAAUUAUUUGUUCAUGGGUUGGCUCCAACA